AUGACCGCGUUUUUGAAGAAGCCGCUCAAGCUCGCCUUGAUCCAGCUCGCGUCAGGCGCGGACAAGUCCGUUAAUCUCUCCCACGCCCGGAGCAAGGUUCUCGAAGCUGCACAUGCUGGCGCACGCUUGAUAGUGCUCCCCGAGUGCUUCAAUUCGCCCUACGGCACGCAAUAUUUUCCCAAAUAUGCCGAGACUCUCCAUCCCUCCCCGCCAACCAAGGAGCAGUCCCCCUCGUUCCACGCGCUGUCGGCCAUCGCCGCCGAGGCCAAUGCCUACCUCGUCGGAGGAAGUAUUCCUGAGUUGGAGCCAGAUACCAAGAAGUUUUACAACACCUCGCUCGUAUUCUCGCCCACGGGAUCCUUAAUCGGCACCCACCGCAAGACACACAUGUUCGACAUCGAUAUUCCGGGGAAGAUCACCUUCAAGGAGAGUGAGGUACUGUCGCCAGGCAAUCAAUUGACCGUCAUUGACCUUCCCGAAUACGGAAAGAUUGGCCUGGCCAUCUGCUAUGAUAUUCGAUUCCCGGAGUCGGCCAUGAUCGCGGCUCGUAAGGGCGCCUUCCUGCUCGUCUACCCCGGCGCAUUCAACACCACCACUGGUCCCCUCCACUGGUCCCUUCUUGGUCGGGCGCGUGCUGUGGAUAAUCAGACAUACGUUGCGAUGUGCAGCCCCUCGCGGGACCUGGAUGCGACAUACCACGCCUACGGUCACAGCUUGAUCACUGAUCCCAGCGCCAAUAUUCUGACCGAAGCGGAGGAGAAGGAGACCAUCAUCUACGCAAAUCUGGACAACGAUACCAUUGUGAAUACUCGUAAGGGAAUUCCCAUUUACACACAGCGACGAUUUGAUGUAUACCCCGAUGUCAGUGGAGAGAGCUCGAAAUGA